AUGGCAUCCUUGUCAGCCCUGGUUGAUUUGUCUUGGUUAAUGGCAUUGCUGCAAGAAAAACCAAAGUUCCAUCAAUCUUGCCCAUGUCAACCAAGCACAACGCAACAAUCUUUCUUCUGCAAAGAUUGCAUGCUGGGUUUUUUGUUUUGUGAAAGUUGCAAGAACUACUCUCUUGAUCAUCGAGAUCACCAAGUUCUUCAAGUGUUUAAAUUUGUGUAUCAACGAUUAGGAAUUAGGGUUUCAGUAAUACAAGAUUUGUUCUACUUAUCUGAUAUCGAAUAUGAUAAUAUCGAGAAUUAUGGUUGGAUUGUUUACAUUGAUAGAAAGAUACAAGAAAAACAGCAUGGAAGUAGUGGAAGUAGUAAUAGUAGUAAGAGUGGCUACAAAGGUAGAAAAGAGUGUGAAGUAUGUGAAUGUGAAUUACAAAGUUCAACAUCAAAGUAUUGCUCAAUCGAAUGCAAGGUUGAGAAACAGACCAAUUCGAUUAUUACUUCCUAUGAUGAAUAA